AUGGGUAGCAGCUCCAUGAGGGUGGAGAUCCCUGAAGCUGACUCCCUGCCUCACCCCAGGAACCUGGCACAGUGCCUCGUGCCUGGUGGCCGCUCAGGAAAAAGGUUCAAGAUCAGGAACCUGGAGGUGCGGGAGAGGCCGGCCUGCUACCAGCCCCGUCUCCUCAAAGGGAAAAAGAAAUGUUUUUUGCAGGCCCUCAGCGCCUUCCUCUUCCUGUUCUCAGUGGCCAUGACUGGCUGCUUCCUAUGGCAGUACCACCUCCCCAAGCUGCAGACCGGUUCCUUGAAGCCAGCGGUGACCCCAGCCCCGGUGAAGAUGUGUCCCCGGCACCCUGAGCUUGUGCCUCUGGUUCACCCCCUCCCGGUGCUGAAGGAGGCCUUGGAGAAGGUGGAUGGAAUUCUGCGCAAGGCAAUGCUGGCCCCAGGCCUGGCUGCCAUGUCCGCUCUUGUCAUCCACAACGACACCGUGCUCUGGACUGGGAACUUCGGAAAGAAGAACAGCUCAGAUCCAAAUUCUGGAACCCCUAAUGAGUAUACUAUGUACCGGAUUGCCAGCAUCUCCAAGCUCUUUCCCGUGCUUAUGCUGUACCGCCUGUGGGAGGAGGGCAUCGUGGCCUCCCUGGACGACCCUCUGGAGCGCUAUGCCAGCACCUUCUCCAUCAACAACCCGCUGGGCAAGGCCCAAGACCCCGAACCACAGGGCCCAAUGGGGGAAUUUGAAGAGAUGGGCUCCCUCCCGAGGCCUUCUUCUGUCACUCUGCGGAGAAUGGCCAGUCAGCUGUCAGGACUUCCCCGAAGGCUGCGGGGCACUUCGCUGCUGUGGAGAGGCAGCACCCAGGAGGCUCUGAGCCUGCUCAGGGAUGAUGUCCUGGUGGCUGACCCAGGAACCAGAUGCCACUACAGCACGCUGGCCUUCUCGCUCCUGGCCCAUGUGCUGGCUGCGCACACAGCACAGGGCGACUUCGAACGCUGGGUAACUGAGCAGGUCCUGGAGCCGCUGGGGAUGAGCGACACUGGCUUUGCACUGACCGGAGCUGUGCGCUCUCGCCUGGCUGCCGGCUUCUAUGGCAGCGGCCGGUCCGCGCCACUCUAUGAUCUGGGCUGGUACCGGCCAUCGGGCCAGAUGUACUCGACGGCUGCAGACCUGGCCAGGCUGGCGGCCGCGCUACUGGGUGCAGGACCCCGAUGGCUGCUGCGGCCCGACAGCCUGGCCACACUGCUGUCACCGCUGCGCGCCUGUGCCCACGGCUACUUCGCUCGCGAAACCGGCACACCUUGGGAGUUCCACGAGCGGCGCGGAUACCGAGUGGCGCGCAAGGACGGCGACCUGGAUGGCUACGCCGCCAGCCUGGCACUCGUGCCACCGCUGCGCUUAGGGUUUGUGCUGUUGCUGGCUGGGCCGCGCCCACCCACGCAGGACCUGGUCGCCGACGCCCUGGACAUGCUGCUGCCUGCUCUGGAGCGCGCGUUGCGCGAUGCUAAUCGCGCCCCCGCGCCCCCGCCCCGCGCGCGCCCGUUCUCUGGCUUCUUCACCUUCGCCAAUCGCACUUUCUACGAAGUGCGUGCCGCGGGGCCGCGGGGCGAGCUGCGCUUGCGCCAGUUUGGGCCGCGCGUGGAGGCGCUCGUGCCUGCUGCCUUCCGAUCGCUCGCCCUGCGCCACGUGCGCGGCCGCGUCUUCCAGCUGCACGUGGCGCGCGAGUUCCCAUGCACGCUGCCGCUCGCAGAUGCCUGGCUGUCUCUGGAGGCGCAGCACGGGCAGCUGGUGCGUUUCUACCCCUUGGAUCGCCACGGGCUGGCGCCAGGCUUCGACGUGCCGGGACUCAACACUUAUGGCGUGCUACGCUUGCAGCGCAGGCCGGUGUUCGGCUCCCAGUAAGCUGGGUAUUCCCCCCUCCCCCUGCGCGUGAGCCCCCACGCACGCGCCCACCCAUGACUUUGCAUUGCCCAGGCAUGCAACCCUCUUUAUGUCUUCAGCCUGUCCUUACCGGCCUGCAGCUCUCCUCUGCAUGAUGUCUCUCCAGCUCCAGUCUUGCCCUUCCUCCAGCUUCCCACCCGAGGUUGGCAGGGAGGCCUGCCAGAGAACACAAUAGUUGACAAAGUGGGGUCUUUCUUGGAUAGCUGCUGGUUUCAAACUGCCCUUACUCACCUGGGAGGAAAAGUUAUACAGGACUUUACAGUAAGCAUUUGAACACUUAGGCAUUGCCCCGCCACGGUGAUAUACAGGCUAGUCCUUGGGAGAAUCAGGAGUUUGAGGCCAGCUUGGAAUGCAGGAGACCCUGUUUCAAAAACAAUGAAAUACUGAAACUUUUUUGUGUGUCUGUUGAAACAAAUACAAAAUAUGAUCGGUGUUGUCUUUUAAAAAGCACUCUUACUGGGCUGGGAGUGUAGCUCAGAAGGUAGAGAGCUAGUGCAAGGCUGCAUGAACACGGUGUGGUGGUGGUACAUCCCUGUACCUCCACUGUUGGGGAGGUGGAGGUAGGAGAGUCAGGAGGUCCAGGCCAGCCUGGGCCACAUGAGACGCUGUUUAAAAGGACAACAGUUGUUUUGCUUGUAAUUGAGUUACAAUUUGCCUAACAUUAAAGGCACCAUUAGGUACAGUUUGUUUAUAUAUUUAUUUAGUGGGGCUGCGGAUAGAACCCAGGGCAUCACAUGCUAGAUAAGUGCUCUACCAACUGAGCUACAUUCCCAGCCUGAGUUUGGACAAUUUAGAGAAAUAGUUAUACCCAUCACCAUAGUCAAGAUCCAUGAGAUUUCCAUCACCCCCAAACUACCCCCCUACUAUUGCUCUGCAGUCAGUCCCCUCCCCCUCCUCCCUCCCCUAGCCCCAGGCAACCACGGAUGGGCCUCCUGUUAUUUAGGAUUAGCUGGGCCUGCUCUUGAGUUUGGUGUGAAUGAGUUCACACCGUGGAGGUUGUGUGUGCAUCUCCUUGGGUACAGUGUGCUGUUUUUGAGGUCCAAGUCUUUACGUGCAUCCAUAGCUCAUUGCUUUUUAUUCCACGGUAUGGCUGUGCCGCUUUAUUUAUCCUUGUGUCCGCUGAUGGGCACUGGGUUGUUUCCAGAUGGAGGUUGUUAGGAAAAGAUGUUUGUGCAAGUUCCUCCUCUGUGCAGGGCUUUCAUUGCCCUGGGUAAGUUUCCAGAUGCCAGGCACUUUUCCGAAAGCCUUGUACCACGUUCCAUCCCCACGUGGAAGUGUGUGGUGGUUCUGUUGCCCACGUAUGUGGCCACACUUGGCUCUGUCAGCCUUUUAAUUUUAGCCACGCUGGUAGUUCUGAAGGCAGCAUAUCUCACUGUGGUUUUAACUAAAUUCUAUUUAUUGAAUUGUACAAGAUAUAUAUGUAUAUAAGAUAGCUAUCUAUAUAUACACACACUAUCUCUCUAGAUACAGUUCUCCCCACUCUGGAUUGAUUUUUCAUUUUCCUUUUUUAUAUAAGUCAGUAUUUAUAUGUGUAUUUUGAGACACAAUCUCCUGUAGUCAAGGCUGCCUUGGAACUCAGAAUGUAGCCCAGAGUGACCUUGAACUUGUGAUUCUCCUGCUUCCACCUUCUGAGUGCUAAGAUUAUAGACAUGUGCCAUCACACCUGUUUAUGAAGUGCUGGGUACAAACCCUCAGGGUUCUGUGCAUGCCAGGCAAACUGUUCUGUUUGGGCUACACUCCCAACCCCUGUUCUUUGUAAGUUUCAAAAACAAUGUUCACAUGUGUAUAUGGUAGUUUGGGUUAUGUCCUCAUGAACGUAGAGUCCCUGGGAGACCAGAAGAGGGUGUCAUGGGUAGGAUGCUGUGAACUUGUGGGUGUGGGUGCUGAGAACUGAA